AUGGCACCAGUCAGAGCAGGAUUCGGCCCCCUGUUGCUCCUGCUGCUGGGGUUGUGGGUGGCCGUGAUCUCAGUGAGUGCCAAGCCCGGGCAUGUGACCGAUGCCGGGUGGUUUAAAACUCAGCACGUGCAGAACAAACGUCGAUCAUGCAAAGCCGCCAUGGACAACAUCAACAAGCACACAAAACAUUGCAAAGACCGCAACACCUUCCUGCAAACAACCUUCUCCAAGGUGGCCGCCACCUGCAGGACCCCCAGUAUAGCCUGCAAGGAUGGCCAGAAAAACUGCCACAAGAGCCGCGGGGCUGUGUCCAUGACCUUGUGUGAACUUACCUCAGGGAAGUACCCAAAUUGCAAGUACCAUGAGAAUCACCUGAAGAAACGUUACAUAGUGGCCUGUAACCCUCCUCAGAAAGGGGACUCUAAGAAAUUCAAGCUGGUUCCCGUGCACUUGGACAACAUCCUUUAG